UAUCAUGUCACCAGGAGACUUCCGGCUGCUGUGCGCACUAUAUAAGUGACGUAAGCGCUUUUCCGGUCCUCUCUCAUGCCUCUCUGAAUCAAGAUGACUAAGAAGAGGAGGAAUAACGGUCGUGCCAAGAAGGGACGUGGACAUGUCCAGCCCAUCCGCUGCACAAACUGUGCCAGGUGUGUCCCCAAGGACAAAGCCAUCAAGAAGUUUGUCAUCAGAAAUAUUGUGGAGGCUGCGGCUGUAAGGGACAUCUCUGAAGCCAGUGUGUUUGACUCCUACGUUUUGCCCAAACUGUAUGUGAAGCUGCACUAUUGUGUCAGCUGUGCCAUCCACAGCAAAGUGGUGAGGAACCGCUCUCGUGAGGCCAGGAAGGACCGGACCCCUCCUCCACGCUUUAGGCCCACUGGUGGUCCCCCAAGAGCCCCUCCAAAACCAAUGUGAUUGGAGAUAUUUGCAUGCAUUUUUAUGCAAGGAAAUAAAGCAGACUAAAAUUA